UAUAUUCGUCCAAACACAAGUUCCAACACAGUCUGCAAGAAGUUAACAUGGACAAACACUGGUCUGCAGUUUGUGCAUUCAUUUUAGCACUUGAUGUAUUUGUGAAUGUGCACUUGGUUUUCGUAGAAGGAGCCGAUGGAAACUUAAAAGAGACUCUCCCAAAGCCAGGCCACUGCCCUCGCCGCCUUAACAUUGUCCGAUCACGUAAAGGCUGUGAAUGUGAUGAAGAAUGUCCCGGAAACCACAAAUGCUGUGUUUUUGACGGUGGAGCUGUUUGCGUCCCUCCCGCUUUCCCCAAAAAAGGAGUGUGUCCUCGCAGGAACUGGGAUGCAGGCCUGUGUGUUGAAUCCUGCUCUGAUGACAGUGAUUGCCCACAUGAUGAGAAAUGCUGCUUCAACGGAUGUGGACAUACAUGUACCGCGCCCUACACUGUUCCAACUCUCCCUAAGCCAGGCCACUGCCCUCGCCGCCUUAACGUUGUCCCAUCACGUAAAGGCUGUGAAUGUGAUGAAGACUGUCCCGAAAACCACAAAUGCUGUGUUUUUGACUGUGGAGCUGUUUGCGUCCCUCCUGCUUUCACCAAAAAAGGAGUGUGUCCUCGCAGGAACUGGGGUGCAGGCCUGUGUGUUGAAUUCUGCUCUGACGAUAGUGAUUGCCCAAAUGAUGAGAAAUGCUGCUUCAACGGAUGUGGACAUACAUGUACCGCGCCCUACACUGUGAAGCGGGGUCGCUGCCCUUCACCUCAGGGAACCCCCAUGUGUGCAGAAUACUGCUACCAUGACGGCCAGUGUCCUGGAGAGCAGAAGUGCUGCAAGACGACCUGUGGCCACGCCUGCAGUGAACCCUGCUGAUUCAGCAGCACCUGGUAUCCCAAUGUGCACUUGUUUGAUUUAUUUUAAGCACUAGAUAUAUUCGGUUUUGUUUCAUCUUCUUGUAUCAUUUAAACUCCACAUUGGGACGCUUUUGUACUCUUUGUUUGGACAGAAAAAUUAAAAAUUAAAGAUGCAACAAUCAGUUAAUUAGUUUUCGACUGUUCUUUAAUACAAUCUGCUUUAAUAAAUGGUUUGGGUUUUAUUUGUACAAAAAGCACAAAUUCUGUUUUUUCCUCCUCUAUGACACUCAAUUAAAUGUCAUUACAUCAUGGACCACAUUGGAGGUCAUCAUUUGGGCUUUGAGAAGCACUAUCACAAUGUUUUGUUGACCACACAGUUGCUAAUGUAAUCAAAAAA